AUGUCUGCCAGCGCCAGAAGCGGAGCGAAACGGCUCAUCAAGGAGAUGGAGAACUGGCGCAAGGAGCAAAAGGACGAAAAGGGCGUGGAGAGGCUUGGGCCGGUGAAUGAGGAUGAUUUGUUUGAGUGGGAGGCGGUUAUCAAUGGCAAGGGGAUUGGAUCUGGAUACGAUGAGGGCCGAUGGCUCAUCAGCAUCCAGCUCUCGACGUCGUACCCGCUGGCGCCCCCCAAGAUGCGCUUCGUGACGCAAAUCAUCCACCCCAACAUUGCGCUGCAGACGGGCGAGAUCUGCCUGGACCUGCUCAAGGACAAGUGGACGCCGACGUACAGCGUGCUGCAGUGCGUGCGCGCGGUGAGGAUGUUGCUGGGAUAUCCGGAGACGGACAGCCCGCUGAACGUGGACGUUGCGGCGCUGUUGAGGGGCGGCGAUGUCGUGGGGACGCGCAAGUUGGUGCAGUAUUGGUGUUCUGAGCCGGAGGGGCGGUAUGAUGGGCCUUGA